AUGGCGACCGCGUCUCACACCCGAUCAAGUCCCUACGGCUGCACCCGAGCGCUGCUUUGUCCGUGUUUCAGCAAUGGCCAACCAAACGAUGCUGCUCUGAUCGAGCCUCCGCGCCGCAUUCCGCUAAGUGAUAGUGCCCAGUAUGCCCAGAAGAAACUACAGUUGGCGUGUGUAUGCUCCCUCUUUUUCAUGGUCGCUGAAGUCGUUGGUGGUUUCCUGGCCGGCAGUCUUGCAAUUAUGGCGGACGCCGCUCACUUGCUGUCUGAUGUGGCGGCAUUUUGCAUCUCACUAUUUGCUAUCUGGACGAGCACACGCCCUCCAACCAACCGAUUGAGUUUCGGUUUCCAACGCACGGAAGUUAUCGGUGCUGUUACGAGUGUACUGGUGCUUUGGGCUCUAACGGGUGUCUUGGUCUAUGCGGUGGUAAAUCGGUUUAUCGAGUGUUUGGAGCCAAAUCCGCCUGAACACGUUGAUGGCAAGUUGAUGUUUAUCGUGGCCUGUAUCGGACUACUGGUAAACCUGGUGCUGAUGCAAAUCCUGGGUCAUGGCCAUUCUCAUGGGGGCGGUGCUCAUGGUCAUUCGCACAACGGGGUUGGUAGUCAUGGACAUUCACAUGGAGGUGGGCACACACACGUACACGGUCAUACUGAUCAAGAACGUGGUUUUGUAGAUACUCACAGUGGAGUCGACAUCCAGGGCCACUCGCAUGGUGGGGAGUUGCUGGAUGAUGAUCACGAAGACCACCACCGAUACAGUGAAAAUGAAGGGAUCUAUCACAGACUAUCACCUCGAAAGCACGGUCACACGCAUCGAGAAAGAAAUUCUCACGGGCAUGGACAUGAGCAACGAAAACACUCGUUCGGUGGAGAUCUGGAGGUUGCUCAAUUGGAUGGAGCUGAAAAGCCGACGACAAAAAUGAAUAUGGAAAAUCUCAAUAUCCGGUCAGCAUAUAUUCAUGCCUUGGGCGACUUUAUUCAAAGUAUCGGCGUUUGUAUCGCAGGUGGGCUCAUUUGGCUUAAACCGGAAUGGCAGAUUGCCAACCCGAUCGCGACGUUUAUCUUCUCGGCACUGGUAUUGUUUACAACGGUCGGAAUCGUUCGUGACAGCCUCCACAUUCUGAUGGAGGGAAACCCUGAAGGUAUCAACACCGAAGACAUCGAGUUCGGACUCCGAGCAUGUUCGUCGGUGGUAGGAGCACACGAUCUGCACAUUUGGUCGCUGAGUGCUGGAUUAUCGUCACUGAGUGUGCAUAUCGUCGCGGACGAUGUCGAAGUCGCGCUGCAUGCAACCCAGCGUUAUCUUCUGCCGAAGGGUAUUACGCAUAGCACCAUCCAGACUGAGAAGACGUCAUCGUUAUACCCUCGCAAUUGCACUUCCGAUCUGAAGUGUGGUCAGGUUUUGGUAGCGGCAGCGCAAACCUUGGGCUAA